AUGCUGCUCCUCUUCCGUCCCACUCUGGUCCAAAGGGUGGCUUUGUCCCCAAGGCAGGAACGUGUUGCUGAGCCAGAGGUCGUCCGCAAGCACGAACCGUGUAUAUAUAUAUAUAUAUAUAUUUACACACACAUACAGAUUGAAAGAAGAAACUUGCGUGCAUUGCAUACUACGGGCGUGGGAGGGCAGAGCUCUAGCCAGAUGCUGUCCAACAAGCCCGUCUCUGGAAGAAUUCAAAGACACAUCAGCGUCAACCCCGAGAAUCAAGAUUGUUCCCCCUAUUCCUCGCACACCUUUAUCCUUGCAAUUUCGAGUGCAGCUGACAGCUCAUCCAAACUGUCACUGUCCGCGCCGCGCGCCACAUGGUCCAGCACGCGAGCAGAAGAGAACCCCAGACAGUCCACCACGACUACACACAAAUACUCUCCGUAG